AUGGCGACUGUCAUGGCACCGCGAGAACCCACAAACGGAGAAGCAACCAGGCCAUCGCCCUCGGCUUCUUCUGCUUCGUCAUCAACCGGCUCUCCAGAAAGCCGCCCAGUGCUGGCUCAGAAUGGCCUCAAAAUUCCUACCAACGACCUGACUCCCAAUGGUCAUGCUGCGCCACCAUCAGAGCCACAGAGGCCAAUCCCUGCCCAUACUGCACCAGAAAAGCCUUCGAUGACGAAGCGUUUGACUAGAAUGUUCAGCACCAAGGAUGCGACAAGAGGUGAUGUUUCCUUAAACUCGUCCAACGGCACUUCUCCUUCGCACUCGACUACAAGACCAGAACGUCCAGACCGCACAGAGUCAGUAUCGACCCGACCAGCCCCACCUUCCCGCAAAGCUUCAGCAACCGACAAGCUCGUACGAGCAGAGAAGACAGAUAAAGCCACCACGGCGCCAUCGAAGGACAAGAAGGGAGGAGGCAAUGUCUCCUCCUUACGUUUUGUCUCCGGUCUCGAUGUCCAGGGUGGACAUGAACAUCACCUCAAGAGCGCAAAGAGACAGGAGAAGCUCUCUGACAUGUUUCGAAAUGUCAUCAGCGGCAAGCAGAGAAAGGACGAACAUGCACACGAAAACGACCAGCAAUUGUCGCUAAUGUCGACCUGGGUUGACCAGCUGAAGAGCGAGCGGGACACAUUGGCUACAGAUAAAAAGGGAGGACCAAACGCAUCAGCUACUCUCGUGGAGAAGUACGGCAAAUGUCAAGAGAUUGUUGGCCGCGGCGCUUUCGGAGUGGUCAGGAUAUCUCACAAACGAGCCGAGAAUGGCAAUGGAGAGCAAUUGUACGCUGUGAAGGAAUUCCGCCGUCGACCAGAGGAAAGCGAGAAAAAGUACAGCAAACGGCUCACUUCUGAAUUCUGUAUAUCCUCAUCAUUACGACACCCCAAUGUCAUCCACACCCUCGACCUGCUCCAAGAUUCGAAAGGUGAUUAUUGCGAGGUGAUGGAGUUUUGUGCCGGUGGUGAUCUCUACACACUGGUACUCGCCGCUGGAAAACUGGAGGUUACCGAAGCGGAUUGCUAUUUCAAGCAAAUGAUGCGCGGAGUUGAGUACAUGCACGAGAUGGGUGUUUCUCAUCGUGACCUGAAACCUGAGAAUCUGCUACUUACCACGAAGGGCGCGAUCAAAAUUACAGAUUUCGGAAAUGGCGAAUGUUUUCGAAUGGCCUGGGAAACGGAUCCUCAUAUGGUUUCUGGUCUUUGCGGUUCUGCCCCUUACAUUGCCCCCGAAGAGUACAUCGAGAAAGAGUUUGAUGCACGCGCUGUAGAUGUCUGGGCUUGUGGUGUUAUAUAUAUGGCAAUGCGUACCGGCCGUCAUUUAUGGCGAGUUGCAAAGAAGGACGAGGAUGAGUUUUAUGCAAAAUACCUCGACGGGCGGAAAGACGAGGAGGGUUACGCUCCGAUUGAGUCUUUGCACCGAGUAAGUGGAAAAUCAGUUCUUCGUACAAAAGCUACUGACGAAGAGGAGGCUCGUUGCCGUAACGUUAUAUAUUCCAUCCUCGAUCCUAACCCCAAACGUCGUAUCACCUCAUCCCAAAUCCUGAAGUCUGAGUGGGGCCGCGAGAUAAAAAUAUGUAAAGCUGGUGAAGAGGGUCUCUAA